GCGCACCCCAGGCCCGGGGCCUCGCCGUUGCCGCCCUGGCUUGGGCACUAGCGGCUGCGGAGUGUGCGUGGUUGGGCGUGAGGGGCCGACGGGCUCGCGCGCGCGCCGUCUGCCGAGGUCCCUAGGGAAGUGGGCGAGCGCCCGACGCCGACCUGCACGCGCAGCCCGGCAGCCGGCGGCGCGCUGAAGGCGGAGGUGGUGCGUGCGUGCGUGUGUGUGUGUGUGUGUGUGUGGAGCUCGGGUGCCACGGGCGAGCCGUCAGCCCCCGGGUGCGAGUCCCCGCUGUCUUCCACACCCUUCCUUCCUCCCGGCUCCUUCCCUACAUCCUUCCCGCGCCCUCACAGUCGCCGACCGAGCGAGAGCCCCCUUAAGCAGGUGUGGGGGGCGUGCGGGGUGGCACGAGACAAAGGGGGCACGGGGGUACGACCGCCAUGGCCUCCCGAAGCUUGGGGGGCCUGAGCGUGAGCCGCGGCGGAGGCGGCAAGAAAAGCCUGAGCGCCCGCAAUGCUGCGGUGGAGAGAAGGAACCUGAUCACCGUGUGCAGGUUUUCUGUGAAGACCUUGAUUGAUCGGUCUUGCUUUGAGACAAUUGAUGAUUCUUCUCCUGAAUUUAACAAUUUUGCAGCUAUUCUGGAACAGAUUUUAAGCCACCGGCUAAAAGAGAUUUCCCAAAGUUGCAGAUGGCUGGCUCAUCUCCAAAUACCUCUUCAAGGUCAAGUUACCUGGUUUGGUUAUGAAAGUCCUCGUAGCUUCUGGGACUAUAUCAGAGUGGCUUGCCGGAAAGUUUCACAGAAUUGUAUCUGCAGCAUUGAAAAUAUGGAAAAUGUCAGUUCUUCUAGAGCUAAGGGUAGAGCCUGGAUCAGAGUAGCACUCAUGGAAAAACAUUUAUCUGAAUACAUCUCUACAGCUCUGAGAGACUUCAAAACAACCAGGAGAUUUUAUGAAGAUGGAGCAAUUGUCUUGGGUGAAGAAGCAAAUAUGCUUGCUGGUAUGCUGCUAGGACUCAAUGCUAUUGAUUUCAGUUUCUGCCUAAAGGGAGAGGGACUGGAUGGCAGCUUUCCUGCUGUAAUAGACUAUACACCAUAUUUGAAGUAUAUCCAAAGUUCUGAUAGCAUCAGCAGUGAUGAGGAGGAGCUAAGGACUUUGGGAAGCAGUGGUAGUGAAAGCAGUACUCCAGAGAAUGUCGGACCUCCUUUCCUCAUGGAUGAGAACAGUUGGUUCAACAAGUGUAAAAGAGUUAAGCAAAAGUAUCAGCUUACCCUGGAACAGAAGGGUUACCUUGAAGAACUCUUACGACUUCGAGAGAACCAACUAUCUGAAUCUGUCUCCCAGAAUAAAAUACUACUUCAGAGGAUUGAAGAUUCUGAUCUGGCUCAUAAACUGGAGAAGGAACAAUUAGAAUAUAUAAUUGUGGAGCUUCAAGAUCAGCUGACUGUGCUAAAGAAUAAUGAUUUAAGAUCAAGACAAGAGUUAACUGCCCAUCUCACCAACCAGUGGCCUUCCCCAGGAGCUCUGGAUGUCAAUGCUGUUGCCUUGGAUACGUUGCUUUACCGAAAACACAAUAAACAGUGGUAUGAGAAAAGUUAUCAAAGUCUUGACCAGUUGUCAGCAGAAGUUAGUCUUUCUCAGACUUCUCUGGAUCCGGGCCAGUUACAAGAAGGAGAUGGAAAACAAGACACAUUAAAUUUAAUGAGUGAAGGUAAAGAAGACACUCCCUCGUUACUUGGCCUCUGUGGAUCUCUAACAUCAGUGGCAAGUUACAAGUCUCUAACAAGUUUAAAAUCUAAUGACUACCUUGCAAGUCCUACAACAGAGAUGACAAGUCCAGGGCUAACUCCAACCUGAAAACUUUUAUGUAAAAGCCAGAAAAUUUUAUGUUGUAAACGUUUAAUUUACGUUUGACUGCUGGGAAGACCUUUGAAAUUUUAUAUUAUUCUGGUACAUGUCCGAAAUUCUAUUGCCUUAGAAAGAAUCCACUCCAGGUAAGAUUCUGAGUGAAAAACAGAAUGAUCCUGUCAUUUUUCAUUUUUAAAAUUCUUAUAUUUGUCAUUGAGGAAGUUCAAAAAGGAAUAGGAUUAAAAAGAAAAACUUUCAAAGAUCCACCAAAUAGUUCAUAGCAAAUUGUACAUAUUUAUUGUUCAGCUGAUUUUUAUAUAUUUAAAUAUACCUUAGUGGCCAGAGACUGAGUUUAGGGUUUUAUUCCAGAGACUUAAGCUAAGUAUUUUUUCACUUUUUCAUAUUUAAAACUGUUAACUUCAUUUUUUCAUUAAUUUCCUCCUAAGUUCUGUGCUUUACAUGCCUGUUUUUAAUAUCAGAGGAAGGUUCUCAGCUGCAUUCUCAUAAUGGCUUAUUCAGUUUUUCUUUAAUAGUUAUAAUUUGGUAUCAACUUAACAUUCCACUUAACAUUUUAUAAACUCCAUAGGAAUGUGUCUGUUUUGGUAGUUAUUGACUUAAUUUGUUAGUGCUGUAAGAAAAAUUUUACAGAAUUUUGUGCCAUUUUGGUAAAAUGAAUAUAUUCUGUUUUCCAAGAUUUUCUUAAAAGACUAUCAAUUUUAAAAUAUAGUCAAAUAGGUCUCAAAAGCCAGAAAAAUUUGAUAAUGUAGAACAAAUGUUGAAAAAGUGUUUUGUCAGGAAAGAGUUCAAACUUAGUUAAAGAUUUGGGAAGUUUUUAAACAAGGAUCAGUAGGGUGGUUAUCAUAAUAAAUGUAUGUCUAAUAGUCAUUGAUGGUUUUUUUUCCUCUGUGUGCAACAAUGAUAUGGCCUCUGUCAUUAAUCACACCAUAAUCUCAUUUUAAAAUAUUUUAAUGUUAAAGAAAAUCCCCACACUUCUAUAGGUAAAAUUAGUUUUUAAAAGUUGUAAUUUUUUUUUUGAAACAGCUACAUUGAUCCCUAAAAAUUCCACCAUGCUGAAAAUGUAUGCCAUGUAUUUUCUAUAGUAAUAUGAGGAAAACAUGAUUAGCUGUGCCAAAGAAAUUUUAUACAUUGUUUACAUGAAGAGGCUUCAGUACUUAUUAGGGACUUCAUAUGGUAUUUUUGUUUAUUGUUGUUAUUGAGAAGAGUCAAGAAGAGCUGAGCUGACGACACUCAUUCUUUGUAUUAGAAAUGUAGGAGUGUGGUGGUUUUCUGCAAUAUUUAGGGACUUAAUCUCAUAAUUUGGAAUUUAAGAUAAUAAAUAGUAACAAAGCAAGUCUUAUAUGUAAGACAGUCAAACAAUGUUGCUUCAGGGACAAAGGCCUGGAAUUCAUUAAAAUAAGUUAUCUUAGAUGUGCCAGAACAUAUUCAGAGCUUUCUUCCUUUAGCUUAAAGCUUCAAUACUUGUAGAAAUGCAAAUAUUCUUGAGAAAUUAUACAUUUUUGUUCUCAGUUUCUCAAUUCUGUACACCUGAUUGGGAAUGAAGUAUCCAAAGCAGUUUUUCAUCAGCAUGGGGGAUGGAAAGAAGGUAUAAUAUGAGAAGAAUGGAAACUCUGGGAGAAGGGAAUAAGUAAAUGGAUAAGGAGAAAUUUGAAAAUUUUAGGCUGGACUUAAGCACUACUGCUGCUUUCCUAUGAACUAUCAAUCAGUAUGUUUAAAUGCUUUAUCAUUCAUGGUCCACUCUCAACUGACAUUUAUUCUUUAGUAAUUAAAAAAUGGCUUUUUUCCCAUACACUUUUAUAAUGUACAAGGAAAUUCAAGAUUCCAUAAUUGUAAAAUUUUUCAGAUUUGUCUAAUGUAUAAUUUGUGCAUCUUAACAUGCUGCUAAAUGCAGAUUUAGAAAUUACAUCUGAGGAUCAUGACAACUUUUCCUCCUUUCUUGGAGCUCUUGUUAUAAAAUUCAUCUGCUGUUGUUAUGAAAUCAGGUUUCUACAGAGUUCAUAUCACACUAAAGGUAGUUUGUUACUGUUUGCAUGAGAAAACAAUGUAUGUCUCAAUCUUUUAAUUUUAGGUGGUAGUGUUUAUUGUCCACCCUCCUCCUUGCCCCCAAAAGAAUGCUGAAUUGUAUGCCAAUAUUUCCAUGUGUAGUCUGUUUCUUCGAAGCGUGCUAAUUGCAUGUAUAUUAAAAAUUUUGUACUAUG